ACCAGAAAAAAAAACUCCGCAGUUGCCAAGCGGCACUUGGCUUCCUCCAUCUCUCCGGCCGUUGCGUACGGCGCCACCAGAUCUCACGGCGAGGCCGAGCUAACCGCUUCCGAGAACCGAGUAAACCCUAACCGCCGCCGACAAGGCGCCGGCGGUGGAGUAGCAUGGAGAGCUCGUCGCCCCCGGUGCCGUUCCCGCUGCUGCAGGCGCCCGUGGAGAGCACGUACCGGGCCUGCACCAUACCCUACCGCUUCCCCUCCGACAACCCCCGCAAGGCCACCCCCGUCGAGAUCCAGUGGAUCGACCUCUUCCUCAAAUCCGUACCCUCCUUCAAGCAGCGGGCGGAGAACGACCCCACAGUGCCUGACGCUCCUGCCAAGGCCGAGAAGUUUGCCCAGAGGUACACUUCUAUUCUUGAGGAGUUCAAGAAGAACCCAGAGAGCAACGGAGGACCUCCUGACUGCAUACUUCUUUGUAGGCUUCGUGAGCUAAUCCUUAGAGAAUUGGGAUUUAACGAUAUCUUCAAAAAGGUUAAGGAUGAGGAGAAUGCUAAGGCUAUGUCACUGUUUGAGGGAGUUGUUCGGCGGAAUGAUGAAAUAGAAGACGAUGAGAAACGAGCAGAGAACUUGAUCCGUGGUAUCUUAGCAGGAAAUAUAUUUGAUUUAGGAUCUGCGCAGCUUGCAGAAGUGUUUGCCAAAGAUGGUAUGUCCUUCUUGGCAAGUUGCCAGAAUCUUUUAUCUCGACCUUGGGUUAUUGAUGACCUAGAUGCUUUUAAAAACAAAUGGACCAAGAAAUCUUGGGAAAAGGCAGUUAUUUUUGUUGAUAAUUCUGGUGCUGAUAUAAUAUUGGGCAUAUUACCAUUUGCGAGGGAGUUGCUCCGACGUGGCACAAAGGUGAUACUUGCUGCCAAUGACAUGCCUUCCAUCAAUGAUGUCACUUACCUAGAGCUGGUUGAGAUUGUAAACAAGCUCAAGGAUGAAAACGGAAAGCUUGCAGGUGUGGAUGUAUCUGACCUUCUGGUUGCCAACUCUGGUAACGAUCUGCCUGUAAUAGAUUUAUCUAGUGUGUCACCAGAACUAGCCUAUAUGGCAAAUGAUGCCGACUUGGUCGUCCUAGAAGGCAUGGGAAGAGGAAUCGAAACCAACCUAUAUGCACAAAUGAAAUGUGACUCAAUCAAAGUUGGAAUGGUUAAGCAUCCGGAAGUGGCACAAUUUUUGGGAGGAAGGCUUUAUGAUUGUGUCUUCAAGUUCAAUGAGGCCUGAGCAACUCUGAAGCUCCUGUAUCGCAUCCUGCCACAUUGCAUUUGUUUCUCUCAUUGACUACUGGUGCGAUGCUACACUGAACGUUCACAUCUACAACGAUAGCAAGCGAAAGAAAUUAUUGUUCGCUUGUGGUAGUGCUAGGGAGAACAAUUUCUAUGGCAGAUACACCCCAUUAUGUGCUCCAUGCUAAUAAUAUAAGUAAAUUGAGCUGUA